UAAACAUAGCCCGUUUAUUGAUCGAUUCAUGGUAGAAUAACGCGAACGUUCGUAUUGCGUCAGGGGGUUAAAAAAAGACAAUUGAGCAAUCUAAAGUUCGAAAGUAAGUUAAGGAUGACUAGUUCUUGUACUUAAUUCGAAACACUUAACAUUCCGUUGAUUCGGUGGCAUCAAAUUAAACUUUUAUAAGUACAGCUCACUUGAAGUCGUUCGCGAGUAAAAAAUUUUUUGAGACAAAAGCAGCGAUGAAAUGUGUGUUUAACGAAGUUAUCAUAGUGUCAGGAGUUGUUCGUGGAACAGCGCCUCACCUUGAGGUUUGCUUGCUGUUACGUACGCUAAAAUACACUAUCAAAACAGUGCGUCGAGACCGCUGUGCCGAGUCACACGGGCGCGAGCGGCCGAGGUUGUCCGUGACUUUAAUACAAAUAUUGAAAACGUGUUUGCACUGCAGCAAAUCAAAUAUAAUCAAAAAGCUUUCUGAAACUUAUGUGCCUUACCAUUUCUAUAGUAUCAUAAUAUUAUUAUGCGAAAUACUCAUUGCAUAUAAAGAUUAUUUUUGUAAUGUGAAUGUGGCUGGUGUACGCUUAAUGUCUCUUUGGAUUGUCUGAGAUUCGUCUGGGAGAAUACCGAAUUAUACGAUGCAUACGAAGUGCAGAGCGGUUACGCAGGAUGCCGAUCGCGCCGCGCGGCCCUCCGCCUGCUUCGACACCGCCUUACCACCACCAGCUACCCCGCAGGAGACCCACACCGACCCUCAAGUGUCCUUCUAGAAUAUAACGUUUAACUUUUAUACGCCUCUUUUAUACCGACCUCUAAGUAUAAGUACGCACAGUGUUAGUGUUAAGUGUCGCGCUCUAGUGUGAGUGUAUAUGUGCGUCGAUGGUGCGGCCGACAUGGGAAAAUCCUCGGCGAGAACACAUGGCCAAGAGAAUGAACGGAGAAUCAAAGCUAACAACAGGGAGUACAACGCGCAGUUCCGUUAUGCUAACAAUUACAUCAAGACAUCAAAGUACUCGAUCAUAACGUUCCUGCCGCUGAACCUGCUCGAGCAGUUCCAGCGGCUGGCUAACUUCUACUUCCUGUGCUUGUUGGUGCUGCAGCUGAUCCCAGCCAUAUCCUCGUUGACGCCAAUCACCACCGCCAUCCCUCUCAUCGGGGUGUUAGCCCUCACUGCCGUCAAAGACGCCUACGAUGACUUUCAACGUCACCAAAACGAUUCGCAAGUGAACCAUCGGCGUGCGAAGACAUUGCGCAAUGGCAAGCUUGUCGAGGAGAAGUGGGCGUCUGUUCAGGUGGGAGACGUCAUCCGGCUGGAGAACGACCAGUUCGUGGCCGCCGACAUCCUGCUGCUCAGCACCUCCGAGCCGAAUGGACUCUGUUACAUAGAGACCGCGGAACUCGAUGGGGAGACAAAUUUAAAAUGUCGUCAGUGCCUUUUGGAAACUGCGGCGAUGGGGCAGGACGACGCACAACUGGGCGCAUUCGACGGAGAGAUAGUCUGCGAAACACCCAACAACCUACUUAAUAAGUUCGAAGGGACGUUAAGCUGGCGCGACCAACACUUCUCCCUGGACAACGAUAAGAUCUUGCUGCGGGGCUGCGUGCUUCGCAACACGUCGUGGUGUUAUGGCGUAGUGGUGUUCGCCGGUAAAGAUACCAAGCUAAUGCAGAACUCCGGCAAGACCAAAUUCAAGCGCACCAGCAUAGAUAGGCUACUUAAUUUUCUUAUUAUAGGGAUAGUAUUCUUUCUGCUGUCGAUGUGCGUGUUCUGCACGAUAGCGUGCGGCGUGUGGGAGUGGCUCGUAGGGCGCUACUUCCAGGUGUACUUGCCCUGGGACACGCUGGUGCCCGCCGAGCCGGCGUCCGGCGCGGUGGUCAUAGCGUUCCUCGUGUUCUUCUCUUACGCCAUCGUCAUGAACACUGUCGUGCCUAUAUCGCUGUACGUCUCCGUCGAGGUAAUAAGAUUUGCACAGAGUUUUCUUAUAAACUGGGACGAGAAGAUGUACUACGAAAAAACUGGAACAGCAGCGAAAGCAAGAACAACCACGUUGAACGAGGAGCUCGGGCAAAUUCAGUACAUUUUUUCCGAUAAGACGGGCACUUUAACGCAAAAUAUAAUGACGUUUAACAAGUGCUCCAUUGCCGGAGUGUGUUACGGGGAUGUUGUCGACGAGACCACGGGCGAAACCAUCGAGCUCACAGAGCGCGGCGGCAGCAGGACGGGCGGAGGCGGGGCGAACGGCGCGCGCGGCUCUAGCGGGGCGGUGCGCGCGCGCCUGCUGGACCUCGAGCACGAGCAGGGCCGCAGCACGCCCGGCGCGCGCCGUCCGCGACUUGAUUCACACAGCACGGAGCCCCUGGACUUCUCGUUCAACCCUGAAUACGAGCCGGAGUUCAAGUUUUUCGACUCGACGCUGCUGGAAGCCGUGAAGCGCGGUGACCGCGAGGUGCACGACUUCUUCCGGCUGCUGGCGCUGUGCCACACCGUCAUGCCGGAUCAGAAGAAUGGUCGCCUUGAAUACCAGGCGCAGUCUCCCGACGAGGCUGCACUGGUAUCGGCGGCCAGGAAUUUUGGUUUUGUGUUCAGAGAACGCUCGCCUAAUAGUAUUACAAUAGAAGUUAUGGGUAACACAGAAGAAUAUGAUUUGUUAUGUAUAUUAGAUUUUAAUAAUGUUAGGAAAAGAAUGUCCGUGAUAUUGAGGAAGGAUGGUGAAAUUAGGUUAUAUACAAAAGGUGCUGAUAAUGUAAUAUAUGACAGAUUAAAAUCAAAUCAAGCGGAAGUUAAAUCAAGAACACAGGAACAUUUAAAUAAGUUCGCGGGCGAGGGUCUGCGUACGCUGGCAUUGGCGUGGCGGCCGCUGGACGAGCGCGGGUUCGCCGAGUGGAAGCAUCGUCACCAGCGCGCCGCGCUCGCGCUGCACGACAGGGACGAGCAACUCGACGCCAUCUACGAGGAGAUCGAGACCGACCUCCAGCUUAUGGGCGUCACAGCGAUAGAGGAUAAAUUACAGGAUGGAGUGCCUGAAACCAUAGCGAAUCUCAGUAUGGCUGGUAUAAAAAUUUGGGUUUUAACGGGUGAUAAACAAGAGACGGCAAUAAACAUAGGCUACUCGUGCCAGUUGUUGACGGACGACAUGGCGGAGGUGUUCGUUAUUGACGGCGUUUCCCACGAUGACGUCGAUCGACAGCUCGCUAAGUGUCGAGACUCGAUACGGGUAGUCAAUACUUUCCUGCCACAUGGCACAUCGGAAUCGAAACGCAACCCGGAGACGGCGAACGGUGGCGCCGGCGCAGGGGGCCCCAACGCCUCCGUUUCCCGGCCGUCGCCCGGGCGCGCCGCCAACGUGAAGCUGAACGCGCCCGCCGUGUCCGUCGUCACAUUUAGCAACGAGUAUAUGUCCGGCAGCGGGCCGUACUCUGCGGAGUCGCACGAGCCUAGCAACGACGACUCCAACGGGUUCGCGAUCGUUGUCAACGGCCAUUCGCUUGUACACUGCCUUCAUCCAAAACUGGAGGAAAAGUUCCUAGACGUAGUUUUACAAUGUCGUUCGGUAAUAUGCUGUCGAGUGACGCCACUUCAGAAGGCGAUGGUGGUCGAGUUGAUAAAGAAAAGUCGGAAAGCUGUCACGUUAGCCAUCGGCGACGGAGCCAAUGAUGUCUCAAUGAUUAAAGCGGCCCACAUAGGCGUCGGUAUAUCGGGCCAGGAGGGUAUGCAGGCGGUUCUGGCAUCCGACUACUCGAUAGCUCAGUUCCGUUUCCUCCAACGACUACUAUUGGUCCACGGAAGAUGGUCCUAUUAUAGAAUGUGCAAGUUCCUCCGAUACUUCUUCUACAAGAACUUCGCGUUCACCGUGUGCCACUUUUGGUUCGCAUUCUUUUGUGGAUUCAGUGCGCAGACGGUGUUCGACGAGAUGUUCAUAUCGGUAUACAACCUAUUCUACACAUCGCUGCCCGUUCUCGCAUUGGGCGUUUUCGAACAAGACGUUUCUGACACCACAUCGCUACAGUUCCCCAAAUUGUACGCCCCCGGUCACACAAGCCAGCUGUUUAACAAGACGGAGUUUAUCAAGUCUACGCUGCACGGCUGCUUCACGUCGCUCGUUCUAUUCCUGAUACCUUACGGAACGUACAAAGAUGGUCUAGCACCUGAUGGGAAAAUAUUAUCAGAUCACAUGUUAUUGGGAAGUGUGGUCGCUACGAUUUUAAUAAUAGACAAUACUACACAAAUCGCAUUGGAUACAACCUAUUGGACAGUAUUUAACCAUAUCACGAUAUGGGGAUCUCUAGUGUCAUAUUUUGUAUUGGACUACUUUUAUAACUACGUGAUUGGCGGAACAUACGUGGGCUCACUCACCGUAGCUCUCACACAGGCUACGUUUUGGUUUACGGCCGUACUUACAAUGAUGAUCCUCAUGGUGCCCGUAGUGUCGUGGCGCCUCGGCAUGUCCCGCGCGCGGCCCACCCUCGGGGAACGUUUGCGAGCGCGCCAGCGUUGGCGCGGCCCCCCCUCCACGCCCCGCACGCCCUCCGCCCGUCGCGCUCGACGUUCCGUCCGGUCCGGGUAUGCGUUCGCGCACCAAGAAGGCUUCGGUAGACUCAUCACUUCGGGCAAAAUCAUGCGACGGAUACCCCACGCGGACGCAGCGCUAUCAGCGCUCGCGUCGCUACCUGGAAAGUUCCACGUGCGACCGACUACCCCACCACCUGAACCGGAACCGCGCGCGCCUACGCAAAACCUGGACACUGUCGAUUUAUGAGUGAAUGAAGUUUAAUGACUUAUGAGUAAUAAUUGCCUGGAAAACCUGGGUAUUGUCGACUCGUGAACACACAUAGCUAACAGAUCUAGGUUUUGUUCCGGGCCGCGUUCGCGCACCAAGAAGGCACCAGAAUCAUGCGGCAAAUACCGCAUGCCGAUGCAGCGUUGUCAGCGCUCGCGUCGCUACCUGGAAAGUUUCAUGUCUGACCAACCACCUCAUCGCCGAAAACUGAACCGCGCGCGCCUACCAGAACCUGAACACUGUUGACUUAUGAGUAUAUAAAGCUCAAAGGUCAAGGUAUGCGUUCACGCACUAUAAGCGCUUUGGUCUUCUUCUUACCUGGCAAGAUUGUGCGCUUGCAUUGCUACCCAGAAAUUUCAUGAACCUGGGUACCGACGACUCUAGAGUCGUCGUAUUGUUCAAGAACAAUGCUACUAUAAUUUAACCAACACUGUCAAGGACGCGUUCCGAUGCGCAUUUGCGCAUCAAAAAGGCUUCGACCAAUAACUGGAUAAUAUUCCAAUGACCAGUAACUUCAUCAGUUGAACUAAGACCGCGUGUGCCUACGCAGUGCACAGAACUUGGAUAAUGCUGAAAUUUGAGCGCCCAUAUGUUAACACAAUCAAGACAUUACUGAUGGAACCAAUUCUACUUUGACUACACCUCUACGAUGUUAAAUUAACAGUAAUAGGUAUUUGUUUGCAUUGAAACAAUGACAGUGGACUAGAUGCACUGGCAACAUACACUAUGAAUAUUGAUCUAUUUCUAAGUGUUAAGGAUCCAGUCAAUUACGAAUUGUAACCAUCGAUGUGGUCUUCGACUGCAAGAUUUGUAUUUUUUUUGGAAACUGUGAUCGUCUCGUUUUCUCUCUUUUCAGUUUCCAUAGUAACGAGACAGACAGCCAGUCAUAAAGUUUAACGUGCUUUGUAAAUCCAUUUAUAAUGCUUUUAUCGAAUGAAUGUUGUGUAUGAAAAGGAGACGCUCGCGAUUUUCGUACUCGUUGCAGAGUCACAGUUCACGGUCGUUUCCCGGCCAAGUCGGGAUGGUCAUGAUGCUCGAUUGGAGCACUAAACCCAAUGUAACUAUUGGUCGAACUAAGUUCAGAUUGUCACGUGAUCGGUCGCUUCACCGACCCCCAUAAGGUCGAUUUCGCCCGCAGUCAAAACGCCACAUAUCGGUCGCCGUUCGGUUUUGCGAUCCACUAUCUUUUGGGUCGGGAACGAUGUUAUGCUAAGGUCACCACUAACGUAAACCUCGAGGCAAACAUCAUUGAGAAAUCAUAAAAGACAAAGCUGCUUCAAUAGACAUUUUAUUUCUACUUAAAAUUGCUAAUGUGCAUUCAUAAUUUUAAACAUUUAUGUUCAAGAUGUUUGCCGCUAGAUAUACUUCUGCUCCAUGCAUCGUUCUCGACCGAUAAGAAUUCGUCGUUAAGCAUGAGUAGUUCUCAUUAUAAUUAUUGUUAGUGCCAAAGAUGAUGUCUUUGAAACUUCUGUGAAAAAUAUGAAUGUUACGAAUUCGACGUUGCACAAUAAUUUAUUUGUUUGUCAAAAAUUAAGUUUCACAAAUUAUUAUUUAAAAUUCAAAGUUGAUAAUAUUAUUAAAAAUGUAGCGUUUUAACUGCAUGUGAAUGUGGAAUAUUGCUUUGGAAUCGAUUUUUUAAUAAAACAAAAAUAUAAUUCUUAUA